AUGCCAACUAGUUUAGAGCUCAGCGUCCGACAGCAAGUCCUGUCGGACCUGGCCACCCUCAAGCACGAGACUGAAGAUGCCCUUACCUCCAUUCAGGAGCUCAUUCGGUCGAAAACCGUGCUACCACCGGAGACGCAUGACUCGGAUGCGGAUGUAGAUGGCACCACUGAACGCGAAGUAACUUCGAGAAUCUUUAUGUCCGAAGCGAGGGCUCACUGCAACAUUGCGUUUGGAGAACACGUUGCUAAUCUUGCAGAGGUACACAUUCGUCGCCAGAAAGAUUCCUUGAUCACGCCCUUGCUUGAUAUCUUGCGCGACGCACCCCACAUUGACUACGACCAGACUCUCUCUUGGGACGAGUGGGCAUUACCGGAUCAAUUGGUAUACACAACUGUAUCCGCCUUACUUCGCAUUUGCUUCGUUUACGAGGACUACGCCGGUCUCGUUAUCAAUGCAAUCCUGGGCUUCAUCACAGACGUUAUUGAAAUGCUCAGGACGACUCCAGCCAUAGAAAUAUUCACUCAGCUGACACCCUCCGUCCACGGCCUCUACCGUGCCAUAACUUCGACCAUAUAUCCCUGGGCUACGUCCCAAUGGCAUCUUUUCUCCCGUUCACUUGACGGCCUUGUCGAAGAUUCUAUUCUUGAGCGUAUCAAUCACCACCUUCUCGAAAUUCACCAAGAAACAGACGUCGACAUUAAUUCCGACCCCUCUCUAUUCUUGUUUUGUCACACUUUCAUUUCCCGAUACGUUUCUGCUGGACGUCCUCUUAGCGGAUAUUUUAUUGUGUGCUGUGUCAUGGAAAUGCAGUGGACUGUGCUUGCCCAAUCCCUCAUUCCCAUUUCUCCUGAGGGAAUCACGUACGAUGGGCUGUGGAGGGAAGCCGCCGCCGUUAACCGGGCGUGGUCCACCUUGAUGAAACAGGCUGCACAGAAGGUGACGCUCAAUGAUGAGACUGUGGAAACCUUACGAUCCACUAUCAAAGGAGCUUUGCAGUGUUUCAGUGACCUUCUGGGCCAAAUGGAAGUUAUGGACACAGAGCCACCGUUGGACACUUACGCCUGGGAGACCAUGUCAGAGAGCUUGAAAUUGGCUUCCAUAUGCUCUGUUGCCGCGAGAGAGCUUGACCCGGAUCUUUACGCUCGUCUUGGUUUGCUCUUAAGUGACAGAUCGCCAAUCAUGUAUAAUCUCGUCCAAGAAGCAGCAUCGAAGUCCAUGAUUGUGAUUGUACAAAGGCUCGUCCCAAACGAAUACUUCACUGAUAUAGCCGGAGAACUAGUCCACCAUUUACGCCGUUUUGUUACUUCCCCCUUACCAAUAUUCGAGUCUGCGUUCAAUUCUGAGAAGCGUGCUCCACCGCCACUCACAGCUGCAGCAAAGUGCUUUGCCUUGUGCAUUAAGCUUGCUCCAGGAGAAGACUCGAUCAUGUCUAACAUGUACUCUCUUCUGAACUUCAUUGCAGCGAUUAGCAAGGAAACCACCGAGUCGUCGUCGCAACAACUGCUUCAUAAUCCAAUCUAUGGUUUGCCUUACGCGUCAUCCGCUGACCAGCUUACAUAUUGGAGCGAGGAAACGGGCCUUCGGGGACGCUCAGAUGAAGAGAAGCAGCUCAUUGGAAUAACCACGAUAUCUGUCGUGGCGCGCCUUGCGCUGGAAUUCGACAAGGAGGAGAGAUUGCGAACAGUGGAACCGGCAGUUGAGGCGGCUCUCGUGUACAAUUUGGCAGACCUCGCACUCGUGGCGCCGGUGGAUGCAUUUGUUGACAUUGUGAAGGCGUUCUCGUCGAUCAACCGUGUUGCAAACUCUGAUGACCCCAGGUUCUCGAACAACGUGGUGUUGGCAGCGCAAACACAGCUUGCUCGAGAACUGGACCGGCGACCUGACCUUUAUGACAUAUACUUGGAAGAGCUGCUUACCUUGUUCUCUGACAAGGGCGUUGCUAUCCAAUAUGCUGCAUCCUCUGCCCACCAUGUCAAAACAGAGGAAAUGAUCGAACAACUGGCGUCACUUUUGCUGCCCAUCGAGGCGCUUCUCAAUCAUGCUGACUUUUCUCCGCAUAUCAAUGCUACUCCUGAGUUAACAUCAUUGUUCAGGAACAUGUGGCUUCUGUGCGUGCUGUUAAAUCUUACCCUAGCGGAGGAUAAGGAGCGAGAAAAAUCUGCCAUGACAUGGCUCGUUCCUGCGCUUGGGCGCAUAGCUACGAAGACCCCUAUACCAGUCCUUGAAAGUGCCACCGACGUCCUCAGUGACCUUGAAUACAACACCAACGUCCGCCGCGAAUAUGCUCGCUCGGUGAUAUCGAAACACCGAGCGUGCUUAACACGCUACAUUCCGAUGCUAGCGAGCGAGAUUCGAUCUCUAUCUGCUGGCCAAGUCAUUUUCGUAUUAGCUAUGCACGACGUGGAAACUCUGCGGUCUGAUGCGGGUUUACCCUCAUCGUUGGUAUCGUAUUUCACGAACCCAGGUCUAAAUAAGCAUGCAGCCCUCAGCGCGUGCAUGGAAGCUAUUACUGAGAAGAUCAUUCAAGAGUGCGUUUCUAGUCUCAAUAUCCAAGCGGCGGAGCAGGCUCUUCCCUCUCACUUGUCGUACGAGCUACGGGACCUCCUGGUAUUCAGCACGCACCGCAUCACUCGGGCGCGCGAAGUCGCUAACAAAUACCUGAACCGUCUGAUUACUUCUUUCCCAUCAUUGAUGUGCGAUCCGACGCUCGUUUAUGCUAUUCUCGAAUGUCUUACUCUCUUGCGACGAGCCUGCGAGGGUGAAUUCAUAGACGAAUACAGCCCAAAACAUGAAUUUUAUUCUGAGCGUACGGGAAUCACUCUCCAGUUGACGGACGAUUAUAAAGUUCGCAACGACAUUUUGAGCCAACUACGGAAUAACGCAAACAAUUGGUUUGAACUUGCCCUUAGUCGAGCACCCGUCGAGCUUCAGUCGAUUUUACAGAAAUAUCUUGCCGCUACUCACUCACUGACCGGCGCUGAUACGGCAGAACUUGGAGCGUCGGUUGCAGAGCAAUUCGCUAAAGCCUUCGGACCUGUGCAUCGCCAGCUCAGUAACAAGGGCUAUUUUGCAGGGGAAGCCGCAGGUUUGCGCCUUGCGUACCGUCAAGCUCCGGGUGUUUUGGACAAAACUCCGCCUCAACGUACAUCUUCAACCGUCAUUGAAGCGUUGAAGAGGAAAAUGGAAGAGACAAGUGUCGAGAUUUGGAAUAAGAGCACCAGUCUAAUGGUCCAGGACCUCAAGCGUCUACUUUUUCGUUGUGCGGCAAUAUUGAUCUCAUUGGACGAGUGCGAGUAUGACCUUCUGCAUCGUUUGGUCACGCUGCCGUUCGAAGUUUUCACUCCAGUUGCUGUCGCUACAGGUAUUGAAGUCUGGACCUGGGUGAUUGCUGAAAAGCCCUCUAUAGAGGUUGCGCUGAUGUCCGAAGUUUUGGCGGCAUGGUUUCUUACUGUCAGGGAAAGGAAGGGGGUCUUCUCACAAUCCCUGAACUACCAAGACCCUUUUCAGCAUCCAGUUAAUUACGUGCCGACGGACAAGGAGGAAAUUGAUCGUGCCACCACAAAUGCUCAGCGCCUCCUUGUGCCCCAUACUCUUAUUCUUCAAAUGUUAUUCAGCCGCCUUCAAUCUGCCCGUUACCGCCGUUCUUCAGUGAUGUUCCUGAUCCAGCGACUUGUCUUGCGUUCCGCAUAUGCGCACAAACUCUUCAGCUACUAUCGUCUUAUCAGUACGCACCCACUUGCGCGCGAACUGCGUUUCUCUUUUCUGCUGUUUGGGUUUGAGACUUUGAAGAGUUCUCAUCUGGAUGCGUACUGUGAGGGUCUGGUACGCCAGAGUUUAUACCGAACUGCAUACUCUUGGUUUGCCGUCCGGCCACAAUGGUCAUACGGGGCCAAUCGAGUGCAAGUCACUGCUGACAUCAAGAUCCUCCAGGAAUUCCUUACGCACCUUCAGACUGACUGCGUGAAAGGAGUCAGUUGUCUGUCCAGCCUAUCGCCGGGCCAAUCUCCUAGUCAGUCAUCCCACGUUGCAUAUCUCAAUCAUCCAUUGAGGUUAUUGGUGGAAAAUGAAAUAACUAGACUAACGGUUUGGGCUAACCCAAGUAACGAUUCCCAGCGAGGUACGGAUCACCACAGCGUUACUGAGAGAAGUAUGCUCGAGAAUAAUUGGCCCACCAGUGUACGAACCAUUUGGGAGAUAGAUCCCGCAAUUGCACUGUAUAUGAUGGAACGUUUCAAGAGCCCCGCCGCGCAUGCGGAAGUGGAGAGGCUUGUCAGGGCCAAUCCCAUUGCGGUUGCAACUACGCCAGAAGGCCUAAGGUUUCUUGUUGACGACAAGGGUCUUACCCCUCAGACAAGUGAUCUGCAGGUAACAAACAUGCACGCUCCGCCAAUUCGCUUAACUCGUAAAUUUCCUCAGUACAUUCUCGCUUGCACACCGGUUCCCCCCGUUAUUGCUGUGACGUUCUUCGAGAAGAAAUACAACGACAACCCGCAUUUACUUCAAUAUGCGCACCGCGUACUCAAACAACACCCUGUCGAGCUGACGUUUUUCUUCGUUCCGCAAAUCGUACAAGCCCUACGCUUUGACGACCUUGGUUAUAUCAAUCAAUUUAUUUUGGAAACUGCCAAAAUUUCUCCUUUGUUUUGUCAUCAAAUCAUAUGGAAUAUGAAGGCUAAUUGUUACAAAGAUGAUGCUGCCGAAAUUGAAGACCCUAUGAAGCCUGCUCUUGAUAGGAUGAUGGGUACCAUAGUCGAAUCACUGACAGGAGAAGCAAGAUCAUUCUAUGACAAGGAAUUCAGUUUCUUUCACGAGGUCACUUCAAUAUCCGGGAAGCUCAAGCCUUUUAUCAAAAAGACAAAACCGGAGAAGAAAGCAAAGAUUGACGAAGAAAUGGCCAAGAUAUGCGUCGAGGUUGGAGUUUACCUCCCAAGUAAUCCAGACGGGGUAGUUGUAGAUAUUGAUAAGCACUCUGGCCGGCCGCUACAAAGUCACGCUAAAGCCCCCUUCAUGGCUUCGUUCAAGGUGAGGAAGUCACGUACCGUGGUAGAUUCGGAUCCAGAGGCGUUGCUCGACGACAACAAAGUGGAAAAGCAUGAAGACUAUGAAGUCUGGCAGCAAGCUAUCUUCAAAGUCGGGGAUGAUUGUCGUCAGGAUGUACUCGCACUGCAAGUGAUCGCCAUGUUCAAGAAUAUCUUCACCAGCAUUGGCUUGCCAUUGUACUUCUAUCCGUAUAGGGUCACAGCUACUGCACCAGGGUGCGGUGUCAUAGAUGUCGUACCCAAUGCAACGUCGCGAGACGAAAUGGGUCGUGCUAAAGUCAACGACCUUCUGGACUUCUUUGUAUCCAAAUACGGCGGAGAGGAGACUGUCGCUUUCCAGAGAGCUCGCCUCAAUUUCAUCCAGUCUAUGGCUGCAUAUUCGGUGGCAUGCUAUAUCUUACAAGUCAAGGACCGACACAAUGGCAACAUCAUGAUCGACGCAGAGGGGCACAUUGUCCAUAUUGAUUUUGGGUUCCUCUUUGAUAUAGAUAAGUCGUCAGGCGUCAAAUUUGAGCCGAGUUCCUUCAAGCUUAACGCUGAGAUGGUUGCCCUGAUGGGUGGUCGAUACUCACAAGGAUAUGACCUUUUCCAACACCUCACCGUCAAAGGGUUCCUUGCAGUCCGCCCACAUGCAGAUCAACUGGUCAGCACGGUCCAGCUCAUGCUUGGGACAGGGUUGCCAUCAUUCAAGGGGGAGGCUACCAUCAGACGACUGAAGGAUCGAUUUGCUCUUGGGCUGAAUGACCGCCAAGCUGCUGAAUGGAUGAUGGGCGUCAUCCGUAAUGCUCAUGAGAACAUCCGAAGUACCUUCUAUGACGAAUUCCAACGGGUAAGUGGAUCGUGGUCUUGGUAUAGGUUGCCUUGCUGA